CCAGCUAAAUAGUAUAUAUAAGAAGACAAGACGAAUGUUUGACAAAGUGAGUAAAAAGUUUAAUACGAUUUUCUACCUUUGAAUUGCAUGUGAAAAUAUUUCAAGAUGCAAAGUAACAUUAUCUCAAGCAUGGUAGUAGCGUUUGUAAUUUUUCAAAGGAUGUCCGUCUCUGCACGCGAGAUCAGAUUGGUGAGAUCUGUCACAAGCCCUGACACGCCAGACGCAAGCCCUGACACGCCAGCAGACGAUGUCUUAUUCGCCGAGUUUAAAUUGGAGUACGUCCCUCAAAAAAAAAUUGAAUGUCUCACAACGUAUUGCAGAGCUUCCUGCGAGAUGCCAAAAGACAGCCCUUUGACAUCAUGUCACAAAUGCAUUUCGUCAAAAUGCGAAUAUGACGAAGACGUCGUGCCAUUUUUUGAUCACGUGGAAUGUGUCGUUGAGGCGAGGAAACAAUGUUCUUUAGGACACGAUUGCAGUCGAGUCAAAUCCAGAUGUUCUUGUCAAAGAUGCAUAGACUACUGCAUUCCAGCAGAUGUUAAGACAAUGGUCAGGAACAAAAUGAUAGACGAAUGCAUUGAAGAGUGUGACGAAGAUAUAUGUGUUCUUGAUGGUUCAUCGGAAGCAUGCAUAGCUUGCAAAGCCAAUUGUGGUGCAAAGUGAACAAAUGUGUAUGUAUAUACAACUAACAAAAUAUUUUGUGGGUGCUAUGAAUGUUUAACAUUUGGUGUUAUUUAGCAACAUUGUAUAUAAUAUAUAUAUUUGUAUUUGUGGUUUAAAUUGAUUGAAUAAAAUAAUUCAAUCAAA